AUGACCGAAGACAUCGCUGAACAGCUAUCCUCUGUCGCACGGGGCACAGAUCCAGCUCCCAGAGUCGAUACGCAGCCUGAAAACCAACCUGUCUACCGCCCGCCCUUUGUACUUGCCCUCCUUUUCACCCCAUUCAAUCUCAUAUACAGACUGCUUUAUGGCUCCUACCGGUUAUUCGGGACUUUGUUCCCAUUUCUUCCACGGCUCUUCAAUGCAACUUCCAACCCGGCCCUCCAAGGUGCUCGACGGAAUACCACCGGCCGUCGAUCAUUAGGCCCACAGGACACGGCCGCUCGAUUCAUCCGCGAGUUUGAGGAGGAACAUGGAUCACACUCGAUUCCUUUCUUGGAAAACGGUUACAACAUGUCACUGGAGAAGGCGCACCGCGACCUGAAGUUUCUACUGGUUGUGCUGAUUUCCCCCGAGCACGACGACACAAGCGGGUGGGUGCGGGACACUCUUCUCGCACCAGAGGUGCUGGAGGUCAUCAACGACCCGCGAAAUAAUAUUCUAGUAUGGGGUGGCAACGUCCAGGAUUCCGAAGCCUACCAGGUGGCCAACUCUCUGCGAGUCACCAAGUUUCCAUUCGUGGCAGUGGUUGUCCACACCCCCAAUGUCUCCUCCAAUGCCAUGUCCGUAGUCGGACGAAUCACAGGGCCCGUCUCGCCGACCGAGUUCGCAACAAAGCUGCGCACGGCUCGGUCUCUUGCGAUCGACCGGGAGCGGGCCCGUCAGCGCCGAGAAGCCGAAGCCGCGCGCUUGCAGGAAGAGCAGGCAGCAGCGGAACGCCAAGCAGCUGAGGAAAAGCGGCGACGGGACCUUACUCAAUGGAGACAAUGGCGGGCGCAAUCCCUCAGCCGGGAGCCAGGCACCGACGUUAAAGAUGCAGUUCGCAUUAGCGUACGACUUCCCUCGGGCGAGCGUAUCAUGCGUCGCUUCGCCCCCGAUGCUGAUCUAGAAGAGCUCUAUGCUGUGGUUGAAUGUCACGAGAUGUUAGAAGAUGCUGGUCGAGCUAUGGGUAUUUCCCAACCCGAAGGGUUCGUGCACCAGUAUGCUUUUCGACUGGUAUCGCCCAUGCCCCGAGCUGUGUUCCCUGUGGAGGAUGGUGGUUCAAUCCGUGAUAAGAUUGGCCGUGGCGGGAACCUACUGGUGGAGCCUAUUGGAGAUGACGAGGAUGAGGACGAGGAAGGGGACGCCUUAUCUUCAUAA